AUGCAGCUAGUGAAAGGCACUUUGGCCGAUACACUGCAAACAGAAAGACAUCAAGACUCAUUUACUUCUGCCUCAGAGGAUAACUCUGAUUUUGGAGCUGGCACAGGCAGCAUAGCUGAAAGCUCUAAUUCCGCAGGGGCCGCCUCUUCGUCAAAUGAAUCAAGGUGUUUUUAUGGCGGGGACGAUGGGCAACGUUUUCUAAGGAGGUGGCCCUCUACACCCCAACCAGGCACUCGUGUUUGGAUACGCUAUGGCGGCACAGUUUGCUAUGGUCAAGUCGUCCAUUGUAUGCCUGAACUUAAUAUGUUUACUGUGCGUCCAGCUGAUGGCAGUUCUAGUCUCGUAACACGCGGCCUUGAGGACAUACUGCCUUCUACCCCCCAACAGUCAAUCCUAACUCCGCCAACAGAAGAUGAAUGGGACAGUGACAUCAUUGGAUGUGAUGAAAGUGGACAAAAUACAAGCAAUGUAGCCUCAUUAGCAAGUCAACACGAAGUAUCUGUUUCGGACUCUUUUUCUCACCCCUUGUUCAUUGAUGUUCCUUCUAGGACAUCUAUCGAUGAAGGCACAUCUUAUGAGCCAAUGACCACAUUUUCUGGUUUACCAUCAAACUCAACGGCUUCGUUUAGUCUGUCACCGAUUUUGGGCUCUUCUGAUGUAGUUGAUGUUAGCAUCCCUAAACCUUCGGUUGAACAUUUUAGCACACCUCAAAAGACAUUCACAGAUGACAAUCCUUAUUCACAUCCUUCUUCGACAUUUGGAACCAGUCUACCGUCUCAUGGCUUCGUAGAUUCUCCGUUCUUCACGUGUUCAUCAGCUCAACGGAUGAGUCCUACGAAGAACGAUGUCUACUUUCAUAAAAGUUGGGAUGCAUUCUCAUCACAACCGGAGUUAUCUACCAAGGAACGCAUGAGAGCGCAUAGCGGUGGACUGCACUUGGAAAGCCAAUGCAUUAAUCCAUCUUAUCCCACAAAUUUACCAAAUCGAGCUUCAGUGGAUCAGAUAGUUGAUACAGUUAUACGCUGGAUCGAAUCUGUUUCUUUCAAUACAAUAUCUGAUUCUGGUGGAUGGGAUAAAAUCGAUGUGAAUGAGCUGAAAGAGGCUAUGAAAACAUUGUUAACACCAUCAAACAUAGCUGAAUGUGACUGCAGUCGAAGUUGUUCUGUAGACUCUUGUAAACCAGAGAUUUCUCCAUCACUUCUGGAACAAUCACAUUUUCCUGUAAUGGGGAGAAGCUCAGAGAGAAACAUACCAUUACCACCUGGUAAUAUUAGUAUCAGUCCGAGACAGAUGUCAGGUAUAAUAAAUAAAGAAUGUGUCUCUCCAAACCUUCAUAUUCAACCAACUGAGUUCCAAGUAUACGAUCUACAACAACAUGAAAGGUCGCAGUAUUAUACUAUGAAACAUGCUUCCAAGUGUCCAAGAUAUACUUCUAAGUUUUCCGAACAAAGCGCGAAAGAAAAACUGCCUCCUACUGGCGUAUGUGGUUGUAAGUCAACUCAAGAAGAACCAGCAAACACAAAUCUAUCACAUGUCAAUCCUUUUUGUAAAGAUUCACCGGUUGUUUCAUCUUCUAUAGUUUAUCCUCUGGAUCCUAGAAGUGAUUCUCGUUAUAUUUUGACCGGUGCUGAUCCUUCAACAAAUCCUCUUGCCUAUGCUCAACAAAUUCUUCCAUCGUUAAUUAAUGAACGCGGUUCACUAAGUUUUCAAUUAUUGUCUUCCAUAUUAGCCCAUAGUCGUAGUGAAUCUAAUCAAGAUGGUCAAAGAAGUAUGCUGUUAGAUGGAUUAAAACAAGCCUUAAGUUCAAUUUUACUUUCACCAACCAAUGUGCCUUCGGCAACAUCAACUAAUGUAGUUUGUUAUGGUACUGAUCCAGUAUACUCUAGAACUCAUUCACAGAUACUAUGUGAAGACAAAUUACAAUCAACAACUGGAUAUGUAACUCCUGUACGUAGACAUUUAUCGUGUGUUGGAUCGACGGACAACUUGAGUCCUGGAUCAGUUGUAGACAGUCCAACGCAUAAUAUAUGCUUAGAUUCACAAAAUGAAACUCGUAGCAGAUAUUCACAUCCUUCAGAGUCGGAUUCGUGUUUUUCUGAAAGUUGUAUAAGUCCAAGUCAUAUAAGUAUUGAACAUCAUAAAGAAACGCGAAUGGUGUCCUCCUCCUAUCCUGGUGGUGGUGCAGAUAUGCUUCAUCACGCUUUCCUUCCGUCUAGAGGUCAAGAAUACAGAUCUGGAGAUUUUUCUUUCCUGGGAAUAUCACCAACAAGUGAACAAGCACACACGUUAUCUCAUGAAUCAACUAUGCGAACAGAUGUUGAAGCAAGCAGAACGUCAAAAUGCUACACUACAUGUGGCUCACUUCCAUCACAACCUAGAAAAUUGGAUUACAAAGACUCCACUGUCCCAUUACGUAUUGGUUUACCGGCUUUAACCACUUCUGGACGCAUAGAUGUACGUAAAUGUCGUAAGGUGUAUGGGAUUGAAAAUCGAGAUCAAUGGUGUAAUCAGUGCAAGUGGAAGAAAGCCUGUCGACGUUUUCCCAACCCGUGUUUACCGUCGACAAAACACCCGCAUGGAUCAUCAUCCACUAACCGAAAUAUUGUUGUAUCAACGGAGAAGAGUAGCCGACAAUCGUUUGAUUCAAGUAUGUCGGAAAUCUGUGUCACCUGUUCGUCAAUUUGUCCAUCGGAUAUGAUGAAUAUACCCAGUAUGGCAGCCACUUCAAGUUGUAGUAGUAGCAGUAGUAGUUGGCCAAUUUCAACUUCUUCUUCUACUACUAUAGGCAAAACAUUGUCCAACAGUUUGACUGACCCAUUCAACAAUCCUAGUCGUCAGUAA